CCCCAGGAUGUCUUCCGAGGAAGCUUUCAAAGAUGGAAAAUGUUUUUCUAUCAAUGUGUAUUUGCCAAGCGUUUCCCAUUAAGACCAUUAGAGCUAAGGCCACGCCGGCCAACGGCGAGUCCUUAACUUCACACCUGACAUCCACAGACGGGCUCUGAACAAUGGCGUCUGAAGGCUUUAGAGCUGUUAUUUCGGUGCCAGUCGAACUAAAUCGCCCAGCAUUCACACUUGUCCGUCAGCUUUGAUCACACUGAAGUGAAGCAGUAUAUAAAAAGGCACACGAAAACGAUGAAGCUCAUAAACAAAAACGACAAACGGGGAAAUGUCUGCUAUUCACGCCAAACUUCCAUCUUUACAGUUCCAGAUGUUUUCUGAUGGGAAUCCAGGCAGAAGGAGCAACAUGCAUCAAACAGUUUCAGAAUUCAGCGCCGUGGCCAACGGGACAAACUAUUACAACACAGCUAACUCGGCGUGUCCGAGGGUAGACAGCACGGCACUGCUAACCCAUCGGAGAAAGAGGACCAAUUUUACCCAGCAACAGAUUGAGGUCCUGGAAAAGGUAUACUCGGAUACCAUGUAUCCGGACAUUUACCUGCGGGAGAAGCUUGAAGCGCUAACCGGCCUCCCAGAAUCUAGAAUCCAGGUGUGGUUCCAAAAUAGACGGGCCAAGUCCCGGCGUCAGACUGGGCCUCCGUCAAUGAAACCGAACCCUACUGUUGGUCCAGUCAUUCCGUUCUCACAGCUUCAGAACCUAAUGCCGACAGAUGUACAAAGAAUGACCAACUUCGCUUUGGGGAACGACUUCAGAUCACAGCUGAACAACACGACGGAGGAAACUCAGGCUAAAACGAAAACACUCAAGAAAAGCGGGGACUAUGGACUUCCCUCAGUCCCCAGUACUUUUGACGCAUUCAGUGAUGGAAAGUGUCGUCAAGUGGAACGAGAUAAUCACACGAAAGUCACAGGACACAGCAGCGGCGGAGUACUGCAUUACCUACGGGAGGGGGAUAAUUUUCCGAAGUCACAAAAUCUCUCCCAAAGCAACCUCAGCAAAGCACUGAAGCACGUUCUUGUGGAAUAUGACAACUUCCCUCCAAACAAAACGAUCGGACCAGAGAUGAAGGUGGUGAUUCCUCCUAUACCCUCGCCGACCAAUUUCAGCAGGUCUUCACCCAAACAAGUGUUAAGUCCCGUUCAACAUAUUCAAGUAAAAAGCAAGCCAGAGAGUUUUGGCCAUUUCUCUCCAAUCCGUGGCACAGAACCAAGAGAGAAGUUUUCCGAUUCAGAUUCCGACUGGGAAAGUGGAGUCAUCUCAGGAUUUAGUGCUUUCUUGUAAUGUGUUGUAAUGAUACAAAGUUUUAACGGUUUGUGUAUAUAAAAUUUCCAAGUUGUUAGUAACCACAGUUUAGAGAAACCUUAUUCACUCGCCGUAAACAAAACAAACAAAACAAAAAAAAAAACACUUAAUUUAUUGUAUUUAAGUAACCUUGUAAACUAUUGUCUGAAUUACGAGCUUGUUGAAUAAAGAUGUUUGUAUUUUUGGUGCAA